GCCGCCGACAAUGCCAUCCGAUGACUCUGGCCCCGCAAACAACCAAUCGCAGCCCCAGCGACCGGACCAACAGCCUGAGGGAAAAUCCAUUUUUCGAACAUUGACCACCAUCCCGCCGCCGGUCAAGCGCCUCUUCAACAAAUUUCCCCUCGUAGUCUACGCCGCCAACGAGCUCCCGGCUCGUUCACCCCGCGCCCGGCACCAGCAUGCUCUCUACAUCUUCGCGACGCCAGAUGGCGCGGUGAGAGGCCAUCCGUCGUUCAAUCCCGGAUGUCUCAAGUGGCAGGCAUACCUAACGUUCUGUGAUAUCGAGUUCCGCGUUGUCGCAUCGAGCAAUCAUGCCUCUCCUACCGGAGCUUUGCCUUUCCUCUUGCCGAGCGGAACGCAUGCCACGCUCAUCGACCAGCCGCAAGUCAUUCCCUCGAACAAGCUGCAGAAAUGGGCAAUGGAGCAAACCCCUGCUGCGAUGGACGACCCUGACGACCACCGCUUCGAAGCUUACAUGUCUCUGCUUGACAACAACAUACGGCGCGCAUGGCUAUAUACCGUCUACCUGACCUCAAACUUUGAGACUAUAGCCGAGCCACUGUACACCGCCACUACCUCCAGUAACCCCAUCGUUCAAGCCACGAUUGCGCGCCAGCUGCGCGCUGCCGCCGAAGCCGAAUUGCUCAAGUACGGCGCAGUGAUAGAUGGCGAAGCCAUAUACUCAGAGGCAGAGGAGGCGUUUCGUGCGCUAGAAAUCGCCUUGGGCAGCGACAGGUUCUUUUUCGGCGCAGAGAAGCCUGGUCUCUUUGACGCCAGCGUCUUCGCGUACACACACCUGUUGCUGCAGGACCUGGGCCACGGCUGGAAGGAGUCACGGCUGGGAAACGCGGUACGCGUACGGCAGAAGCUGGUGCGGCACCAAGAGCGGCUCACCGACUUGUUCUUCGUACACGAAGGGCGGAUGGCAGCAGGCGCUGCGGAUAAGUAGGGCAGAAACAGCUUUGUAUGCGUUGGCGGGCUGGAGCUUGCUCAAAAGCAUGGUGUACUAAUAGUUAGACAUGUGAUAAAAUCGCCGUUAGACCUG